UUUAGUAAUUACCCAUACUGCAGUACGGCCAUAGUUCUAUUUUUAGAUCUUGGAAAUACCUUGAUUUCGAAAUUUGUGGUAUUUGAAGCCUUUUUAGGGUUAAACUCCAACCAGAAGAUGAAUGAAAAUUAAGAAAAAUAUCAGCAACAAAAACCCCAACAACAAUAAAACAUGUCAGACAGUGGGCCAAAUAGCAGAGAAAGACAGUAUGAUAUUAUUCCAAAUAAUUUGUCAGACCUUGAACAAGACUCUGUACCUGUUCCAGAAUCUAGACCCGCCCAUGGAAACUUCACAACUUCUCUUCACCAUGCCAACAUCGGAGAUAGUUACUCUCAAAGGCACCCACUUGUAACCGGACACUCAAGUUUAAGUCGGCAAAAUGUGUCUGUUUUUACAAAGAGUAAUAAUGACAUAGUUCCGGAUAUAUCAAACAUUUAUGAUGGCUAUAAAUCAGAAGCAAAACGACUUGAAACAUUUGAUGACUGGCCGUCAAAUAUGGUUGUCAGUAAAGAAGAUUUAGCACGGAAUGGUUUUAUUUACCUGCAUGUAAGUGAUAGAGCGCAAUGUGUGUAUUGUCGCGGAGUGUUAUCAAAUUGGGAAGUAGGGGAUAUUGUUGAAAAUGAGCAUAAAAGACACUGCCCUGAAUGUCCGUUUGCGUUUGGUUACGAGUGUGGAAAUAUUCCUUUACAUUCAUCAGUAAUAACUUUACAAAGACAAAAUGCAUCAUCAAGUCCUUCUUAUUCGCAGUCUUUUAACACAACAGUAAAAGUGCCUGUAGGUGCAUACAAUAACCCAUACCAUGGGGAUCUACCAUCACCUCAUGGUUCUUUUUUGAACAGAAUCGAUAGUAGACCCGGAGAACUCAAUUCCCUUGGGUCAAAUCUUGCUAGUUUACCAGCAAGACCAUCUUUGGGCGGACAACCUGGUACUGGGGCAGUGACAACAAAUGAACCGAAGUACAGAGAUUGGGGUGAUGAAUAUAAAAGAGUUAGAUCAUUUAAGGGUUGGCCGACUCAGAUGUCUCAGACACCGACUGAAUUAUCAAAAGCUGGACUUUUAUAUAUGGGUAAUGGUGACCGUUGUAAAUGUUUCUGGUGUGGUGGUGAACUCUAUGACUGGGAGCCCCAGGAUAUACCCUGGGAGGAACAUGCUAAAUGGUUCCCUCACUGUGGCUUUGUCCGAGGUGUGAAGGGUGAUGCGUACAUCCAGUAUGUUAGAGAUAGACAGAAUGGGCUGACAGUGGAUCCACCAGUGGAUGAAGUGCUAAAAUCUCCACAUGUAUUGUCUGUUUUACAAGAAGGGUAUACACAAGAACAAGUCAGGGAAGCUUUUAGCAGAUUUGGGCGAGGAAGACUGAUAGAUGCUCGUGGAAUAAAGCAGGCUAUAGAACAGACAAAGAGAGAGAGAGAAGCUCUUAUACAGGCAUCAAAUAAUAUGGCAGGUACACAAGAGACUGCCUCACCUGUUACACUACCUGAUGAAGAUGAAGAAAUGGAAGUUGAAGAGACACCACUACCUGCAAAGGAACAAAAGGCAGAAAGUAAAUCUAAUGACAGUAAUAGAUCACCAAGUAAAACUGUUAAACCUUCAACAAGUGCAUCCAGUUCUACAGGUAACCUAGAUGUGGAGACAGUGUUACAAGAGAAUGAAAAGUUGAAGGACAUGAAGUUAUGUAAAAUCUGUAUGGAUAACGAACUAUGUAUGACAUUUUUACCAUGUGGUCACCUUGCCACUUGUGAAGACUGUGCCCAGAAUGUUAAUGAAUGCCCAAUCUGCAGAAAAUUGAUUACACAGCGAGUGAAAAUUUUCUGGUCUUAAAUUUAUAAUUAGACAUAUUAUAAAAAAAAUUCUGACCAUGCAGUUAAUUUGGUUUUAAACAAAUUAAAGUGUACCAAUGAGCUUCAAAUAUAAAAGACUCAUUUACCAGCAAAUAGGAAAUAAUUAGUCAAGUUACAUGACAUUGGAAUCAAUAUCUCCAGUUAUCUGCCUUUGCACAUUAAUAAUUGGUUACUAAUGGUGCCAUUAUUAAACAGUUGGGGGAUGGUCAUGAAUUUAUGUUUUGUGCUUGUUUUGGCAAAUGUGUGUCUGCUAACUAUUUAUUCAUUAUACCCCCAAAAACGAAGUUUGGGGGGGUAUAUAGGAGUCACCCGGUGGUUGGUCGGUCGGUCGGUCCAGACGUCCGUUGCACUUUCCUUGUCCGGAGCAUAACUUGAAGACUAAUGAUUGGAAUUCAAUAUAACUACACACAAUGGUCAAGCACAUUGAGAGGAAGUGCAGUGCACAAGAACCAUAACUCUAUCUUGACUUAUUACAGAGUUAUUGCCCUUUGUUACUUUUCCUUGUCCGGGGCAUAACUUGAAAACUACUGGUUGGAAUUCAAAACAACUUCAUACAAUUGUCAAACACAAUAAGGGGAAGUGCAGUGCACAAGAACCAUAACUCUAUCUAAAGUAAUUACAGAGUUAUUGCCCUUUGUUACUUUUCCAUUCCUUUCUUUUGUCCGGACCAUAACUUGAAGACUAAUGGUUGGAAUUCAAUAUAACUACAUACAAUGGUCAAGCACAUUGAGAGGAAGUGCAGUGCACAAGAACCAUAACUCCAUCUUGACUUAUUACAGAGUUAUUGCCCUUUAUUACUUUUCUGUGUCCGGGGCAUAACUUGAAAACUACUGGUUGGAAUUCAAAACAACUUCAUACAAUUGUCAAACACAAUAAGGGAAAGUGCAGUGCACAAGAACCAUAACUCUAUCUAAAGUAAUUACAGAGUUAUUGCCCUUUGUUACUUUUCCAUUCCUUUCUUUUGUCCGGACCAUAACUUGAAGACUAAUGGUUGGAAUUCAAUAUAACUACAUACAAUGGUCAAGCACAUUGAGAGGAAGUGCAGUGCACAAGAACCAUAACUCUAUCUUGACUAAUUACAGAGUUAUUGCCCUUUGUUUCUUUUCCUUGUCCAGGGCAUAACUUGAAAACUACUAGAUUGAAUUUAAAACAACUUCAUACAAUUGUCAAACACAUUAAGGGGAAGUGCAGUGCACAAGAACCAUAACUCUAUCUAAAGUAAUUACAGAGUUAUUGCCCUUUGUUACUUUUCCAUUCCUUUCUUUUGUCCGGACCAUAACUUGAAGACUAAUUGUCGGAAUUCAUUAUAACUUAAUACAAUGGUCAAGCACAUUGAGAGGGAAUGCAGUGCACAAGAACCAUAACUCCAUCUUGACUUAUUACAGAGUUAUUGCCCUUUAUUACUUUUCUGUGUCCGGGGCAUAACUUGAAAACUACUGGUUGGAAUUCAAAAUACCUUCAUACAAUUGUCAAACACAAUAAGGGGAAGUGCAGUGCACAAGAACCAUAACUCUAUCUAAAGUAAGUACAGAGUUAUUGCCCUUUGUUACUUUUCCAUUGCUUUCUUUUGUCCAGACCAUAACUUGAAGACUAAUUGUUGGAAUUCAUUAUAACUUAAUACAAUGGUCAAGCACAUUGAGAGGAAGUGCAGUGCACAUGAACCAUAACUCCAUCUUGACUUAUUACCGAGUUACUGCCCUUUGUUACUUUUCCUUGUCCAGAGCAUAAUUCGAAAACUACUGUUUGAAAUUAAAUACAGCUUCAUACAGUUGUCAAGGACAUUAAAAGGAAGUGCAGUGCACAAGAGCCAUAACUCCAUUUUGACAAAAUACAGAGUUACUGCCCUUUGAUACUUUUCCUUGUCCGGAGCACAACUUAAAACGUACUGGUUGGAAUUCAAAACAACUUCAUACAAUGGUCAAACACAAUAAGAGGAAGUGCAGUGCACAAGAACUAUAACUCCAUCUUCAGUAUUUAUAGAGUUAUUGCCCUUUGUUUCUUUCCUUGUCUUUCUGGACUUACUACAGAGUAAUUCAGUAAUACAUCAUCAAUGGCCAACCACAUUGAAAGGAAAUGCAACAUACAAGAACCACAUCUAUCUUCAAUUGCCCACAACCAUAACUCUAUAUUUCAAUUCUUUUACAAGGUAUUCUGUUACUAGUAACAUCCUCAUUUCUGAAGCAGUUUUGUGGGGGUAUUAAUCACAUUUAGUGAUAGUUCUAGUUUCUUUUAAAUCCAUAUCUAUAAUCCGAGCUAUACCUUAUUAUUUCAAUUAUGAUAAGUAAUGUGUAUUGACAAAUGAUUUGUUGAACCCUAGAUACAUCUGCUAUCUCUGACUAAAGGGAUAAAAACCAGUUGCAAGAAAGGGAUUAUCAUACUUUCCAUAUAAACUUUGUAGUCUUUCUAAUAUUACAUAGACUUUACAGGCAGUUUUCCUAUGUGUGAUAGGUGCUUGUUUGUAGUGAAGCAUAUAUUUUGUGGGUAUGUUAAAUAUCUAUCAUCUUCCCUGAAACCUUUGCUUUGCCCUACAUGUACCAUCCUAUUUUCACAUGUCAUUACUAUGCAUCAAAGCACUUUUAUAAACAUUAUCUGAUACAAUAGAUAUUUGUUGUGUCUGUGUCAUUUAUGGUACUUUCAUCAUAAGGUGUGGUUUCAUGUUGAUUGGUUUAUGGUCACUGAGGCUAAAAAUAGAUAUUUCCAAAUUUUUCUUUCGGUAAGCUUUUUUUUUAGCAAUGAUGCAAGGGAGUGGGGUGCCUCCAUCAGUUUUAGUAUUGUUAGAUUUUUAUGUUGUAUCAUAUUGUGAUUUUGUAUAUUUCGCCCUUCAAGAUUACUAUUACAGCAUUUAGAGAAAGUGUUUAUCAUAUGAUUCAAUAUGUAAAAAUCUCAUUGUAUUCUAUAUUUUAGAAUUUCUAACUAUUUGAGAUAUGAUGAUAUAAUGACAUCUUUGAGAAAUAAUGACAUCUUUUUGAGAUAUGAUGCUCUUUGUAUGAGAUAUGAUAUUUAUGAGAUAUAAGAAUAUCCUUGAGAUAUAUAGAGGGUAUUGAAUGAGUGUAGGUUUAAUACUAAAUUUGUUGAACAUGUUGAACAAAAAAAAAAAAAAAUAUUCUCUAUUCAACAAGUUCAAUAAAUUUAGUAUAGAGUCUCCUUGAAUAUAAUGUAUGUUUAUCACAUAUUCAAAUUAAAGAACAGUUUAUUGACGCGCCUAUAGUGUAACGCUAACAUUAGCAUGCUUUAACGCUAUGUUUGCAUACUGUAUAACGCAAAUGAUGUCACGUCAAAGUGUUAUUAGUGUAAUAUUGCUUUUAUUGAAUGGCUUUAUUACACUACUGCACCGUAGUUUAUGUGAUAAAAGGAUAUCUGGGUGGGAUAUAUUUGUAUGAGAAAUAUCGAUAUCAGCAAGAUAUGUUAUAUAUCACAUAUAAAGUAUAUCACAGACAGUAUAUCACUUGUUGGUAAAAUUCGAAUAAAAAAUUACGACUAUAAUUGUGAAGAUAAUAAAUUAUGAGAUUGUAGAGGUUAGAGGUUGGUGCUGGUUAGGACUGUACUUACUUCCUAUAUAAUAUUCAAUAAUUCUAGACUUAAAGGGCCUCCACUGAGGUUUAAAAGCCUAAAAACAUAACAUUUGAAUUUCUUACAUAAAUGAGCUGGGGUACUUUAAACAGAAAUAUAUGCAAAGAUAGUUAAGAAAUAUACUUUGAAAUAAAUUGAAAAUCGUAUUUUUAUGCUUUUCUUAGCCUGAUUUGAGUGAAAAGUAUUUAAACGCUUUUCAUUUUGGGUCAUUUUUUUACAAUUUGAAUAAUUAUUGUGGAAAAACGAAGUGUGCGAAUGAUCUGAAUUUUGCACAAAGAUUAGUGGUCUCAACCUACAUCAAAUUGUACAUUUAUCUGGAAAAAUAUUUUUAGUCUCAUCAUGUCAAAAAACCUCAGUGAAGUCCCUUUAAUCUGAUCUGUAUGUAAUGCUAGAAAUUGUAUUAUAAAUAUAAAAAGGAUAUAUGACUUGCAUCAAAUUUUAUGUUGUUAUUCUUAAAGUAUUCUGAUAAAUUUGUAUAUGGCAGUCUUGUUUCAGUGCACUUUGUAAUUGUUAAUUUUGAAUAAUUUCGUUUUUCAUUAUGCUCCUUUUUUAUCAUGUAUUUCGUUUCGACAUUAAAGAAAAAAGGGGUCAAAUGAUUUAAUUUGGCAUGUUAUAAUGAAUCCAUACCUAUUCUUUACAUCUGCACUAGACCAACUGAAAUAAACUGUGAAUGUGUAUUUGUGUUUGAAGUGAUAUAAAUAAACGCACAUCAUCAACUGAAUUGUGAACACUGUAUAUCUAUAAUGCUAAAUUUAAGAUUAUGCUGAGUAAGAUACAUAAUUAUUAUAUAUAUAUAUAUAUAUAUGUAUUGUAUAUUUGAUUCUCUCACUGUACAUUGUAUUUCAUCCUCAUGGAAAUAUUACAUGUGCUUUUCACAUGAAAUGGCAUUAAAGACAUUAAGCAGAUUAGCAUUUAGUAAAGAGUUAAGCAUGUGUUUGGGUAUAUCAUUUUUUGUUUUUGUAAAUAUGGGACAAAUAUUUUUGGCAACAAAUUUGAGUUGAUUUUUAGCUAUCCUUUUUGCCAUUUCCAAUCCAUAAUGCUGAUAUAGAAUAUUUAUGAUUUUUAUUCUUUUGACAUGUAUUGUAAAUAUGUAUAAAAUUCUGUGAAAGAAAAAUAGAUUUUCUCCUAAAUGUCAUAUAUUGCAUAUUGUUGUAAAUUGUUUGUUAGUUAUUGCAUCAUUAAUCAUUACUUACCCUGUUGGAGACAAGAGUGAUUAACCUUAUCAUCAGUAUAGAGCCAGGCCAGCCUUCAUGGUCUUACAAGGUCUUACAUGGCCUUAAAUAUGCUGAUUUGGUCUUACAUAGGCUUAUUUGGUCUUACAUGAGCUGAUAUUGUCUUACAUGGUCUUUCAUGGGUUGACAUGGAAUGACACAGGCUGUUGUUUUUUGUAAAGCUUAUACAUGUAUAUCUAUUUGAUAUACAUGUAGUAGUGAGUAUUGAGCCAAACUAGCGACUAGUUAAUAUUAUUGCUUCACUAACGACACAAUAAUGAUGUUUUUAAAGAAACCUGGUUAUAAUUAAUUAAAUUUUUACCUGAACUUAAUCAACCAGUUUAUUAGUUCACCAACUACAUGUACAUUAUAAUGAACCACAGUAUAAUUAUUUAUAAUAAUAGAAAUUUUACCUGAACUAUUAACAGGUUUAUUAGUUCACCAACUACAUGUACAUUAUUUUGAACUUCAGUAUAAUUUUUUAAUACAAAUUUUACCUGAACUAUCAACAGGUUUAUUAGUUCACCAACUACAUGUACAUUAUUUUGAACCACAGUUUAAUUAUUAAAUACAAAUUUUACCUGAACUAUCAACAUGUUGGUCAGAUUGAUAUCUGUUAUAUUAUAGAAGUGCUAGCAUUUGUGUCAUAAAAGCUGUAAAGACAAAGAGAACAUUAUAAAAAAAGUACAAAUAUUGAUAAUUGUUGUCGAUGAGCAAAUAACAGGGAAAAGUGAAACAUAUCUUGGUUGUUGAAUACUUUCUAAUAAGCUGUAAUAAUGAAAAGUGACAAGUUUAAAUGUAUAUAAUGUUUAUUUGUAAAUAGAUUUUUGUUAACUAGUGCUUACACAUGAUACAGUCAAAUUUGUCCGUGAAGACCAGGCAACGUGUUAACAAACUCCAAAUGAUCUAGGUUAAGUUGAAAAAUAUUGAUUUUUGUAAUUAUGAAAUAGUUUUAUACAUGUAUUAUAUAAACAACAGAAGUUUAUUUAUAAACUUGUACUUAAUCUUAAGAAUAUUUGUAUUAAAUCUCAUGUAAUAUAUAGGUCUUUCCGAUUAUGGUGUUCUUCUUAAAGGCAGGUUUGACUUUAUUGGUUUUUAUUAUCCUAAAGGUUAAAUAAAUAUUCGGUUUGGUAUUAUAUAAAUCUAUACUUAGAACACGUUUUUAUGCAUUUGCCGAAAGAGUAAGUUUUUUUAUACCCCAUCUUUUACUACAGUGGAGCCUUGCUAAUUCGAACCAUUCUUAUCCGGAAUUCUUUCUUAUAUGAGUGAAGUGUAUAUAAAAACCAAUUAAAAUUAUGUUUAAUUAAAGGUCCUCGGGUUUUUGAACAUUUUGAACUUGCACCCAUGUCUAUAAAUUGUAGUGCUGUGAAUUAUAUUCAAGGUUCAAUACAAAAAACAAAUAUACCUAAGGGUUCUGUAUCAUGUUUUUAAUGAUCAGAAUUCAUAAAUUUUAUUUAGUUUGUUUAUUUAAAAUAAGAUAGCUAUGUGUGCCUAUACAUUUAUAAUUGUCCCCCGCCUUUUCAUAUAGAAAUAGGCUCCGUCUGUCUGACUCCGUCCGUCACACUUUUGUGUCCGGUCCAUAACUUUGUCAUUUAUGAAAGGAAUCUGAAAUAACUUGGCACAAAUGUUUGUUAUAAUAAGACGAUGUGUCAUGUGCAACAACCAGACCCCUACCUGCAGGGUCAAGGUGGCACUUGCUCAUUCAAGGUCAACAUUAUCUAUUUGAGGGUAUAUGAUGUGUCCGGUCCAUAACUUUUUUAUCUUGGAAGGGAUUUUGUAAAUACUUGCCGCAGUUGCUUACAAUAAAGAGAUGUGUCAUGCGCACUAAACGGUCACCUACCUCCAAGGUCAAGGUAACACUUUGAGGUCAAAGAUAAAUAGUCAUAGUCUGUUAUAGGGUAUAUUUUGUGUCUAGUCCAUAACUUUUUCUUAUAUCAAAGGAUUUUGAAAAUAACUUAGAACAAAUAGUCACUAAAAUAAGACCAUGUGUCAUGUGCAACACCUGCAUCACUACCUCCAAGGUCAAGGUCACAUUUCGAGGUAAAAAAUUAACAUAGUCUGUUAAAGGGUAUAUAUUGUGUCCGAUCUAGAACUUCUUCAUAGUUCAAGGGAUUUUGAAAUAACUUGUCACAAAUAGUCAGAAUAAUAAGACGAUAUGUCAAGUACAACACCUGCACCCCUACCUCCAAGGUCAAGGCCACACUUAGAGGUCAAAAGUUGACAGAGCCUGUUAUAUGGUAUAUUUUUUGUCCUCCUCCAUAACUUCUUCAUAGAUCAAGGGAUUUGGAAAAUACUUGCCACAAAUAGUCACAAUGAUAAGAUGAUAUGUCAUGCGCAACAAUAGUGUCCCUACCUCCAAGGUCAAGGUCACAUGUAGAGGUCAAAGAUUUACAUAGUCUGUUAGAGGGUAUUUUUGUGUACAGUACAUAACUUUUUCAUAGAUAAAGGGAAUUUCAAAAAUACUUUGCAGAAAUAAUCACAAUAAUAAGACGAUACGUCAGGCGCAAAAAAUGGGUCCCUACCUCCAAGGUCACACUUAGAGGUCAAAGAUUAACAUAGUCUGUUGGAGGGUAUAUUUUGUGUCCCAUCUUUAAGUUCUUGAUAGUCAAGGGAUUUUGAAAAAAUUGGUACAAAUAGUGAUAAUAAUAAGACGAUGUGUCAUGCACAACACGGCACCCCUUUCUCCAAGGUCAAGGUCACACCUAGAGGCCAAAGCUUAACAUGAUAGAUUUUUAAAUUCAAUGUUUCAUUUUAUUUCUGUAGCAUUUGCAGAUAUCAUUUAUCAUAAUUUUGGACUGAAAGUUCUUUAGAUCCAUACCUCAAUCUUUUGAAAUAGCACAAUUUUAUGCUUCAUAUAAAACUUCCCCGAGGUGGGGGACAUUGGUAACUCUGUUUAUCAUUUUUGACCCCAGUUGUAUUUAAUUUAAUUAUUUUUAUGCCCCCACAGAGUGGGGGCAUAUAGCGUUGCACUUGUCCGUCCGAGUGUCCGUCCGUCCGUCUGUCCGUACGUCCCGAAAUCUUGUGAACGCAACUCCUAUUAAACCGGAUGGCAGAUUUUGCUUAAACUUCCAGGGAUGAACAACCUUAAUGUGUAGAUAGUAGUAAAGGAAGGAAUUUUUGCUGCGACCAAAUAUAACAGAAUUAUGGCCCUUUGUUGAUUUUUUCACUAUAUGCUAAUUAGAAAUUUUGUGAAUGCAACUCCUUUUAAACCGGAUGACAGAUUUUGCUUAAACUUCCAGGGAUGAACAACCUUAAUGUGUAGAUGGUAGUUAAGGGAGGAAUUUUUGCUACGACCAAAAUUAAUAGAAUCAUGGCCCUUUGUUGAUUUUUUCACUAUAUGCUAUGUAGAAAUUUUGUUAAUGCAACUCCUCUUAAACCGGAUGGCAGAUUUUGCUUAAACUUCCAGGGAUGAACAACGUUAAUGUGUAGAUGGCAGUAAAGGGAGGAAUUUUCGGUGCAAUCAAAUUUAACAGAAUUAUGGCCCUUUGUUGAUUUUUUCACUAUAUACUAUAUAGAAAUUUUGUGAACGCAACUCCUCCUAAACCGGAUGGCAGAUUUUGCUGAUGAACAACCUUAAAUGUGUAGAUGGUAGUAAAGGAAGGAAUUUUUGCUGCGACCAAAUAUAACAGAAUUAUGGCCCUUUGUUGAUGUUUUCACUAUAUGCUAUGUAGAAAUUUUGUGAAUGCAACUCCUCUUAAACCGGAUGACAGAUUUUGCUUAAACUUCUAGGGAUGAACAACCUUAAUGUGUAGAUGGUAGUAAAGGGAGGAAUUUUUGCUACGACCAAAAUUAAUAGAAUUAUGGCCCUUUGUUGAUUUUUUCACUAUAUGCUAUGUAGAAAUUUUGUGAAUGCAACUCCUCUUAAACCGGAUGGCAGAUUUUGCUUAAACUUACAGGGAUGAACAACCUUAAUGUGUAGAUGGUAGUAAAGGAAGGAAUUUUUGCUGCGACCAAAUUAAACAUAAUUAUGGCCCUUUGUUGAUUUUUUCACUAUAUACUAUGUAGAAAUUUUGUAAACGCAACUCCUCUUAAAACGGAUGGCAGAUUUUGCUUAAACUUCCAGGGAUGAACAACCUUAAUGUGUAGAUGGUAGUAAAGGAAGGAUUUUUUUCUGCGACCAAAUUUAACAGAAUUAUGGCCCUUUGUUGAUUUUUAGUUUUCAACUUGUGGCACAUGUAGUCCAAAAAAUAUUUGACCUAGACUCAUAAGAUUGACAAAACAGUGGCGUGUGGGGGCAUCCGUGUCCUAUGGACACAUUUCUAGUUUAUUAAUAAUAAUUGUAACUUUUAUUAGCUUGUGUAGUAUUAAGUUAAUUUUGUAUGAAUGUUUUGCUAUAUAUGUUCAGAUUAAUGUAAGUAUUUCUUUACAUGAAUAUGGGUAUUUUUUUUGUUGUGCUUAUCUGCUUAUUAUUGCAUAAUUUAUACCGCAGAUUUGUAAUGUUUUGAAAUUUGGACAGUUUAUUUAUAUUAUAAUAAGAUUGUUAUCGAGAUUUUUCAAUAUCAAAAUGACAAAAUUGAGCAUCUGGACUAACAUAAAAUUGGGGCAUGCUGUAUGAGUGUUGAGGCGGCCUAGUGGCUCCAUUCUAGUUGAAUCAACACAAAAAUAUCAAUGCCUAAUUUUUACCAGUUUUAAAGAAGACAAUACCUUUUAAAUGAGAAAAUUGUCAAUUGAUUUUUUAUUGAAUAACAUAAAUACUGUAUGUGUAUUUAAAUUCGCGGAAGCAAAUUUUCGCGGAAAGGUCCACUUUUUGGGGUCUAUACAAAUAUUCGCGCUAUUUUGAAUUCGCGGAGGUGACUGCCGAAAAUCAUAAAUUCGCGUAGACCACUCAGGUUAAAAAAAUAAGGAAAAUUACUGUAAUCAUCGUGGGAGUUCACAGUUAUUUUCAAUACCAGGUGUCAAACAAUACGCUAUUGUACUGAAAAAGACAUUGUCCUGCGGACAGACUAUAGCAAACAAAAGAAUGUCCGUUAACGUGCAUAAUUUUUCACAGUUUGUGUCUUGACAUCUGAUCAGAUCAUGUUUUGUUUUUUCUGAACAAACAAUACAAAAAAACACAAACAUAAACGAUUUUAAAUGAUGAAUAACUUGGAAAACAAAACACAAUUACUCAGUAAACAUUUAAAUAAAAAGUCACACACUUAUAUACAUUUUAUAUAGGAGCGCGAAUAUAUGACUAUGAAGAAAUUAUUGGUGUAGAAAUAUUCGCUCUUAACAUGAAUUCGCGGAUCGAAUGUCACCGCGAAGAUCGCGAACAAUUGAAUCCCGCGAAUAUUUCUACACAUACAGUAUUUGGAUUUUUUGUUGUUGUAAGAAUAUGCUUAUGAUAUGAAAAUAUUGUUUCAAAAUCUUAAGAUAUUCUGAUAGAAAUAUUACUUUUUUUGUUCCAAAGUGUGUAAUAAAUGUAGUACACAUGGGA